AGAUCUUUAGUAGUUCUAACAAUUAAAAGCUCGAUUGGUUAAGCAGAAAUUUUUACGCAUAAGAGAAAAAAGAAGAAUUUAAUCGUCUUCCCAAUUUCGAACCUGAAGUUUAGGGUUUGAAUUGACCGUCGCGGUUUUGGAAAACUACUAAUGCCACAUCUGGCAUUCUUGAAACCUGCUGUAGAAGGAUAAGGUUGUGCCCAACGGAAUAGAGACAAAGGCUUGACAAGAAGUUACUUCUGUGCUAAUUGGAGGAUUUCUGACGGUCCAAGGAAAAGCGACAACGAUACACCAGAAAUAGAAAAGGAGGCCGAAAAGUGCGACGGCUCGAUGGCGAGGAACGCAGGCGGAGACUAAAAAAGGGGAGAGUUGUCCUGCUCUUCUCAAUUAUUUUUUUUUCUUUGACCGAAUUCGGGGAGGAGCUGGGAGAUGUUUCUGGAGGCGAACGAUCAAGUGGAUGUGAAGGAAAGGUUAGUGCUGAAGCCUGUCGGAAGAAACGAUUCAGAUGAUAUUUCACGCUUUUCCGACGGACUCUGUAACGGCGGCGGCGAAGAGGUUUUGAUCCCACCGCUCAAUUUUGCGGUGGUUGACAGGGGUAUAUACCGCUCUGGAUUUCCUACCACCAAUAACAUUGGAUUUCUUGAGACGCUGAAACUGCGAUCCAUUGUGUAUUUGUGCCCGGAGCCGUACCCGAAUGAAAUGCUUGAAUAUGUGAGAUCUGUUGGCAUCCGAAUCUUUCAGUUCGGAAUUGAUGGUAGCAAGGAGUCUUUGAUGAGCAUACCUAAUGAUUCCAUCAUGGGAGCGCUCAGGGUCUUGCUUGAUAUAAGGAAUCAUCCUGUCCUCAUUCACUGCAAGCGUGGUAAGCACCGGACAGGUUGCCUCGUUGGCUGUUUCAGAAAGCUACAGAGCUGGUGCUUGACUGCAGUGUUUGAAGAGUACAUGCGAUUUGCAGGCAUGAAAACACGUAUCUCGGACCUUCGAUUCAUCGAGGCUUUCGAUGUAUCUUGCAUGACAGAAUGCGUGCUUGGCAUCAUCUACCGUUACCAUGGCGGAUGCGGUUCUCAGGCUCGCCGCCUUAGCUAUUCUGGGGAUUUAUCCUGACAAAGACUCAUCUUUAAUGUUCUGAAGGGGAAAUAAUGACGAGAAAUGGAUUGCUACUCUCUUUUUUUUUCUUUUGUUUUGUCUGUUAUGUUUGCUUAAAAUUAGGCUGAAAAAGCCAAUAUUCAUAUGUGAUCAUUCCUUUGUUGGUUCAAUUUCGUUUAUAAUUGCAUGGUGAUGUGAACAAAAUCAUGAUGCUGUAGCAUUAAAAUCACCUUCUAUGUUGCUUCUCACAUUUUUAAUUUGAUGGAGGAAGCUAGAAUUUGCUUUUGUUUGGUUCUA